UUAGCCGGCCGGCCAUGUCCUGACUGGAGACAGCUCAGACGGGCAGGACAAACGGCAGGCUUGGAGCUAAGGCCCCUGGCCGCAUGGCUGCACCGGAGCCAGCCUGUCCCUUCAGGAAACGGGGGUGACGGGCGAGGGGGCAAGAACUCUGGGGGAGCCAGAAAAACUGGGAGCCAGGGAGCCCUGUUGGCUGGAAGCACCAAGACAUGCGGCCCCCUCACAGGGCCUGAAUUUCCUGCUGCUCUUCCAAAGAUGCUUUUCAUCUUGAACUUCUUGUUCUCUCCACUGCCAACCCCGGCACUGGUCUGCAUCCUAGUCGUGGGAGCUGCUGUCUUCAUGUGGCUAAUCAACAAACCACAGCCAGUCUUUCCUAUUAUUGAUCUGAACAACCAGUCCGUGGGGAUUGAGGGAGGAGCAAGGAAGGGUGCUCGCCAGAAGGACAAUGAGCUAAUACGCCACUACUUCUCAGAUGCCAAGACAGCGUAUGAAAUCUUCCAGAGAGGACUUGUUGUAUCUGAUAAUGGCCCUUGUUUGGGGUAUAGAAAACCAAACCAGCCCUACAAAUGGAUAUCCUACAAACAGGUGUCUGACCGAGCCGAGUACCUGGGCUCUUGUCUUUUGCACAGAGGACACAAGCCAUCACCAGACCAAAACAUUGGCAUCUUUGCCCAGAACAGACCAGAGUGGAUCAUCUCUGAGUUGGCUUGUUACACAUACUCCAUGGUAGCUGUGCCCCUGUAUGACACGUUGGGAGCAGAUGCUAUAGUGUACAUCGUCAACAAAGCUGAUAUUGCCACAGUGAUUUGUGAUACUCCCCAGAAGACUUCACUCCUAUUGGGGAAUAUGGAAAAGGGCCUCACCCCAGUCCUGAAGACCAUCAUCCUCAUGGAUUCCUUUGAUGAGGACCUGAAGCAAAGAGCAGAGAAGAGUGGAGUUGAGCUUUUGCACUUUUCUGAGGCCGAGAAUAUAGGCAAAGAGAACUUCAAGAAGCCCGUGCCUCCUAAGCCAGAAGACAUGAGUCUUAUCUGCUUCACCAGUGGGACCACAGGUGACCCCAAAGGCGCCAUGAUCACGCAUGAAAAUAUUGUUUCAAACGCGUCUGCUUUCCUCAAGUGUGUAGAGUAUGCAUUCGAGCCCACCCCUGAGGAUGUGAGCAUCUCCUACCUCCCCUUGGCACAUAUGUUUGAGAGGGUUGUACAGGCUGUUGUAUACUCUUGUGGAGCCAAAGUUGGAUUCUUCCAAGGAGACAUCCGGUUGCUGCCUGAUGACAUGAAGACCCUCAAGCCCACGGUGUUUCCUGCAGUGCCUCGUCUCCUUAACAGAGUCUAUGACAAGGUGCAAAAUGAAGCCAAGACACCCUUCAAGAGGUUCUUGUUGAACUUAGCUAUUUCCAGUAAAUUCAGUGAAGUGAAAAAGGGCAUCGUCAGACGCGACAGUAUCUGGGACAAGCUCAUCUUUCACAAGAUCCAGGAUAGCCUUGGUGGGAAGGUCCGCAUUAUGGUCACAGGAGCUGCCCCCAUCUCCUCGCCUGUCCUGACAUUUCUCCGUGCUGCUCUGGGUUGUUCGGUAUUUGAAGCUUAUGGUCAAACAGAAUGCACUGCUGGCUGUACAUUUACAUCACCUGGGGACUGGACAUCAGGCCACGUCGGCGCCCCACUGGCCUGCAACCAUGUCAAGCUGGAAGAUGUACCUGACAUGAACUACUACUCUGUGAACAACGAAGGAGAGGUCUGCAUCAGAGGUACAAAUGUAUUCAAAGGCUACCUGAAGGAUCCUGAAAAAACGCAGGAGGCCCUGGACAGUGAUGGCUGGCUUCACACAGGAGAUAUCGGCCGCUGGCUCCCGAAUGGAACUCUGAAGAUCAUUGACCGCAAGAAGAAUAUUUUCAAGCUGGCCCAGGGAGAGUACAUUGCUCCAGAGAAGAUAGAAAAUAUCUACAUAAGAAGUAGAAUUGUGUUGCAGAUUUUUGUACAUGGGGACAGCUUGCGGUCAUUCUUAGUAGGGGUGGUGGUUCCUGACCCAGAUGUGCUCCCCUCAUUUGCUGCCAACCUUGGGGUAAAGGGAUCUCUUCAAGAGCUGUGCCAAAACCAAGCUAUAAAGAAUGCGAUCUUAGAAGAUUUGCAGAAACUGGGGAAAGAAGGUGGCCUUAAAUCUUUCGAGCAGGUAAAAGGCAUCAUUGUUCAUCCAGAUCCAUUUUCCAUCGAAAAUGGGCUCUUAACACCAACACUGAAAGCAAAGCGGGUAGAGCUCUCCAAGUACUUCCGUGCUGAAAUCAACAGCCUGUAUGACAGUAUGAAGGAGUAGGAUAAGUCUGCUGCUGAGUGAAGAGGAAGGAGUUGAAACUUGAUCAUCAAGUGCACUUUUCCAUGAAAUAAAGCAAGUGAAGCGACAACCUCUGGAACCAGGAACAAAGAGUUUUGGACAAAGUCAAAUCCUACACAACAUACUUAUUUGUGGGGAAGAAGCUGACCUGGUUUCCCUUGGACUACAAUUCCCCCUGUGCCUGACCCACAAACAUGUUGUCUCCACUUGUAAAUGUAAAGUCUUUAAAAUAAAGGUGCAAAUA